AUUGUGGUCAUAUGACAUAUUGCGCUCGGAGAACUAUCGUCAGGCUGGGUGAUUUAGUUGUAUGCUUCUUAUUUUUUGACGAAGCGUUGUCUCAGACAUCUGUGCAGCCGUAGUCUGCUUUACCGAAGGUGUUUUGUGGCGUGGACAGACAGCAUGGUUGGAUCACUAAUCUGGAAACUAUUCAGCGUUACAGCAGCCUUUCUCUUUGCUGUUCUUCCGUGUGCUGAUGGAGAGCAGCAAAUAACCCCACUAGUAUUGGAGGAGUUGCUGUUAUGGGUCGGUGGAGGAGCUGGACAGGUCAACACCUAUCGGAUUCCUUUGCUUACGUUCACGAAGCGUGGAAGCCUUCUAGCGUUCUCUGAAGCAAGAAAACAAAGUGCAGUCGAUCUUGGGUCCAAGUUCAUUGCCAUGCGCCGCUCCACUGACAAAGGAGCAACUUGGUCCCCCACUUCCUUCAUUGUGAAUGAUGGCGGUAUGGCUGAUGGCUUGAAUCUGGGCUCAGUCGUGGUAGAUGAGGAGACGGGCUCUGUGCUACUCAUCUACUCUCUGUGUUUCCAUGAAUACCACUGUAGUCCGUCCAGUACCAUGCUGGUGGAGAGUCUGGAUGAUGGCCUCAGCUGGGGUCCUCCACGUAACCUGUCUGUCAUGCUGGGGGUCAAGAGCUUUGUCGCUGGGCCAGGAUUUGGCAUACAGAAGCAGUACCCCCCAGCUGCAGGCCGUUUGGUGGUUUGUGGUCACGGUUCAAUUCCUGGAGACGGCGUCUUCUGUAUCUUGAGUGAUGACCAUGGCAAGAAGUGGCGGUACGGGGCCACACUGAAGAGCAUCCCUUAUAACCAGCCCAAAAAGGCCCUGGACUUCAAUCCUGACGAGUGCCAGCCAGUGGAGUUGGAGGACGGAAGUAUUGUCAUUAACGUCCGCAACCAGAACAACUACCACUGUCGGUGCCGAAUGGUUGUGAGGAGCUUUGAUGGGGGAGAGUCCUUGCCUGUGGAAGAGCUGGUCUUUGACCACGCUCUAGUGGAUCCUGCUGUAGCUGCUGGGGCCCUGCAAAAGGAGGGAAUCCUCUUCUUCACCAACCCAUCCAAUGAGCAACACAGAGUGAACAUGACUCUGCGUUGGUCUUUCAAUAAGGGUCAGUCGUGGGACAAGAAGGCUAUCCAGAUCUGGGCUGGUCCAAGUGGCUAUUCCUCCAUGACCUCAUUUAGAGGUGACACUCCAGAAGAUAAGAAGUACAUUUAUGUAAUCUAUGAAAAAGGAGUCAAGGACUAUGAUGAGACUAUCUCCUUUGUGAAGGUGCACCUGUAUGGGGGGCAUUGAGAUGGAUGGAUAGCAUGGAUAGGGAAAAGAGUAAAGGGAUUUCAGAAGGAAACGAGCAGGGACUUGUAGAUAUUUUUCUUAAUUGGAAUGUUGACAUCCCAUAAUUAGUACACAGAGCCUUCCAUGAGUAUUUGGUCAUCUCUUGUCUCGGCUGAAUGCACAGUAAACCUGUUUUGUGGGAGAACAGGUUCUGUUGCAAAUCUCCUCCUGCCCAGUGCUUACAGUGCAUUCAGUCUGACACACCUGAGACUGUGUUGAAAUGAAAACACAGCACAGGCAUGAAGGUUCAAAACAAAAGCCAUUCGUCUUCUAAUCUGUUGAUGCAUUGACAUUGUCACUGUCACUGAUUUCACUGUCUUAACAUUUGUUUUAUGUUUUGUGUUAAUUGUGUAGACUACAGUCUGAGCCUAGUGGUUUUUUACCUCAGGACCAAGAGUCCUCUCGUGCACAUCAAAUUGAAUGCAUUUUAAGGGGUGAAUUUCUAAGUGGAGCUUUUUCCCCCAGUUGAUUGGGUAGAUAUUUCAUUCUCUGGUGAAAUGAAUAUUUCAGUAAUUCAAUUCUAUUCAUAUCUAUUUAUGUUCUGGAUGCAGUCAGCAGAAAUGGUGGUUAAAAGUGGCAUUAUCAUGAACUGUAAUAAGCAAAUAUUUGGUAACAUCUUAUAAAAGUUUCCCCUUAUUUAUGUAUAUUUUUAGUACAUUUUAUUUUUAAAUAGAUCAUCAUUAAUUAACUUCAUACACAGCCUAAAUACAUCUUAUGUUUCAUUACCCCCAGCAAGGAAUCGGGGUUUGUUUGUUUGUAUGUUUGUUUGUCUGUUUGUUAGCAAGAUAACUCAAAACGUUAUGGAUGGAUUACAAUGAAAUGUUCAGGAAAGGUCUGAAAUGACCCAAGGAAGAAACCAUUACAUUGUGAUCCGGAUCACUGUCUGGAUCCAGGAGGCGGUUAUGUUUUUGCUCGGUGGAGGUUUGCGCUCUGGGAGUUCUUUUCUAGUUUAAAUUGCUUUAAUGAUAUGAGGGGAAAAUGUAAGGCUCCCUGUAAACAUCACCUGUGAACAAUCACCUCAAAUGGUUCUUGAUUCAGUCACUUUUUGUAUAUAGUGUAUAUUUGUUGGGCUGCCUAAACAGGAUGAAUAAAAGUCUUUUCCUAUAAA